GCGCCUUUGCCACGUUGCUGUUCGGAGGGAAAAAGGGAGGAAGGAGGGGCCUUCGGGCAGAGCCGGAAGCGCUCGGGAAACUUCGGAGGCGGCUUUUAAAACCUCGCUCGCCUGAGGAGAACAAGAGGCGCGGAGGAGGCGUCGGCUGUGGCUGUUCUCCGCGAUGCUGACCGACAGUUUGGUGGAGGAGUUCGAGAUCCGCGAGGAUGAGCCUUGGUACGACCAGCAGGACCUGCAGCAAGAUCUCCAUCUUGCUGCUGAGCUUGGAAAGACACUGUUGGACCGGAACACUGAGCUGGAAACAUCCCUACAGCAGAUGUAUUCGACCAAUCAAGAGCAAUUGCAGGAAAUAGAGUAUCUUACAAAGCAGGUGGAACUUCUGCGUCAGAUGAAUGAUCAACAUGCCAAAGUUUAUGAGCAGCUUGAUGUUACUGCCAGAGAACUAGAAGAUGCUAAUCAAAAACUGGUUGCCGAUAGUAGAGGUGCACAGCAAAAGAUACUAAGCCUAACCGAGACAAUUGAAAGUCUUCAAAUACACAUUGAUGACCUCCAGAGGCAAGUGGAAGAGUUGAAGAAUUCUGGGCAAGGCCUCGUGAGCCGGGAAAGGCCUGAGCAGCCAAGAUCGGUUCACAGUUUUCCAUGUCUAAAGGAACUGUAUGACCUUCGCAAGUAUUUUGUUUACGAUCAUAUCUUUGCGGAAAAAAUUACUUCAAUGGACAGUCAGCCAAGUCCUCUAGAGGAAGAGAACCAGAACCUGAAAAAGGCCGUUACGCUCUUGCAAGCUCAGCUGAAUUUGGAAAAAGAGAAGAGGAUGACCAUCGAGGAAGAGUACAGUCUCAUGUUUAAGGAGAAUUGUGAUCUUGAGCAGCGGCUGGUGGAUGUUGAUCUGUAUCGUGCCAGAGCUGAAGAGCUGGAGGUUGAAGUGGCAGAAAUGAAGCAGAUCUUUCAGUCUGAAAACACAUUUGUGAAUGGGGUGGAAAAGCUCGUUCCGGAGUCCUUUUUUAUUUCCUUUAAAGACUCUUUAGAAAGAGAGCUGAGUCAGAGCCCUUCAGAGGGGCUGUCUUUAACUGUUCCGGAACUGGACAAACGGGCUCUCAAGAGGAGCAGCAGCGAGACCAUACUUGCCAGUGGCGCAGGAGGGGACCUCCUCAAAGGCCAUGAAGAGACCUGUAUUCGGCGGGCAGAAGCCGUGAAGCAAAGGGGCAUCUCUCUGCUUAAUGAGGUGGAUGCCCAGUAUAAUGCCCUGAAAGUCAAGUAUGAAGAACUUCUGAAGAAAUGUCAAAUAGAUGAAGAGUCAUUGAAACACAAGGCUGUGCAAACCUCAAAGCAGUAUUCCAAAGAUGUAAAUGUGGGAAAUGUAGUAUUGGACACGUGUACUAGAGCACCUGAGCCUACACCCAGCUCAUCUUCAUGUAGUCCACCUGAAUACAAACUGCUCUUUAAAGAAAUCUUCAGCUGCAUCAAGAAAACUAAACAGGAAAUAGAUGAACAUCGGGCAAAGUAUAAAUCUUUCCCUUCUCAGCCUUAACAUUUUCCUUCCCUUCUUUCUCUCUUACUUUCUGUCUCUUUCUUUCUGAAUGUACAUGUUAAUAUUACAUUAGGAAACAACCAUUCCUGACAUUGCCCUUUAAUGUUUCAUAUGAAACACAAGCUUGCAUGUAUGUAUUUUUCCAGGGUGUAUGUAAGAUUUUUUGUUGUUAGAACGGCUUGAUUCCACUAUAUUUUAAUCCAAAUUGCUCAGGGUCAGUUACUGACACUGAUUCGUUAGAAAACGUGGUGAGUUGUUUCAAAUAACUGCAAUGGUCAGUAACACAGGAGAUAUGAGAGCCAACCAAUAGUUUGGUAUUGGUAUACUGGUAUAGCGUUGUCACUCUUGAAAUCCUGGUUUAGAUUGUCUGUGGUCACGUGUUGAAAAAUAGAAACUCAUAUUUAGUGGCAAUUCAGAUACUAAGCAUGAUAUAAAUUAAGUUAUUUAUAAAACUAACACUACUUUAUUUUCAUCCCUGAUAUAAUGUUGGCACUGAAUAUUAUGUGAUUUCAUCAGAAAUACAAUUUUAGAAGAGUAAACAAUUCUGGACAGAUCCAUUGUAUGUUUGAUUUCCUUAAAUAGACUAAAAAUCCAAUCCUUUCUCUCUUAAGAGGAAAAAAUUAUUCAUAAGGAAUUAAGAGGAAGGAACUGCCCACUGAUCAAUGUUAAUCUUUGACUUGUACACUUUACAAUAUCUCCACUGAAAGUUUCCCAGUGCCAUAAAUUCAGAAUUACUUUAGAAGCAAGCAAAUUGUCUCUAGGCUUCAUUGGGAUUUUGGAAGCUCUUUUAAUUUCACUGAAAGCAGCAAUAAAAAUGCUUUCUGUGAAGAGAAGCCACUACUUUCUCUAGGUUUAUCCAUAAUGUGACGUAAGUCCCAGUCCCAUAGGCCCUCCAAAACCUUAUGUUACUUAAAGAAUUUGACUACCUCAAUCUGAAUAAGAUUGGAAUUGAAAAUCUGAUCGUGGUAUAUAAAGUCCACUGGUUAAAUGUAUUAAAGUAAAAAAAAGGCACUGUCAUACAUACUUUCCAAUUUCACCACAAACUAACAACUAAUUACCAGUAUAUGAGAAUCCUCUUUCAAACAGCUAAUUUAGCCCGUAUCAGUAUUGUUUCCUAAGUAAUGUGUGAGCACAACCUGAGAAAACACUAUUGCAGCCUUAGUCAGAUGUAGCUUAAACAAGUAAGUAUCCCUCCUGUGCACUUGAAUUGCUCUUGUUGUAGCAAAGGUUGUGUAAAGGGCUACGAGGUGUAACUGUUCUGUAUGUAGUCUGGUGUAGGUAUUUGAGGAGUGCUUUGACUGAAAGCAGGAGUGGGGCAAGAUAUGGCUCUGUAGAUGUUGGACCAUAGCUUCCAUCAGUCACGACCAAUGUGAUGGGAGCUACAAUCCAGAACCACUCAGGGCCAGAGAAAACCCACCUCUGACUUAAAGCCAAAGACUGUGGACCCUGCACACAGUUCUAAUAUUGCUGCUAAUGGGAUACUUGAUUUAAAAUACCUUUGGUUCAUUUUUAAUUGUUUAAAAAUGCAUUUAAUUGAAGAUGGGCAAUGUUUCAUAUAAAGCCUUGAGAAGCUGUAAAAAGGGAACAAAUAGGUUUUAAUAUAUACUAUAUCAUGGCUGCAGAACUUGGUGGUGUAGUUUGGGAACCUCGUUGAACCACCUCGGUGUUGUUGAAAAAUUCUAGCUCUAGAUCUUCAGCAGCUUUAGUGAGCAGUUCUGAGAAGUCCCCAAUACAGCAAGAUGACUGGCUCAUAAUGGAGCUAAAAAAAUUAGAAGGUGAAAACCAGUUCUCCAGCAUUUCAAAGGGUGAUUUGUUAGACUCCGUACCUAUAGUGAUGCAUGAUUGUUAAUUGUUAGGAAAAAAUAAGACUUGAGCCUCCCCUACCAAUGGUAUCGCAGCUUUAAUUCAAUUGCUGCUAUUUGCAAACUUCUCUGCCUUAUGUUCAGUGUAAAGUGGGGAUUGUUUGUUCUGUUUUGAAUAAGCUUUCUGUAGAUGGGAGACUUCCCAAACUGCUUAUUUAAAGUUAUUUAAAGCGUUAAGCUAUUGCAAAUAUUUUGUAAGAGGCAAAUAAAUCCCUUCAGCAACUAA